CUCGACUGAAGCAACUAUCAACCUCUACAAACAUACCAGCUUCACCGAUUAUCACGACGGCCGCUUGACGACAGCUCGAUCAAAUAGAGAAUAGCCCAUACUCACGCUUUUGGGACUCAUAAUUCGCAAAAUCAGCGUUGGUGCAGCAGUACGCGCCAACAGAUUAAGGCUGCAGGCAAGCUAGCUUCAGUUAGUGUGCACGUCACCCAUACACUUAGAUUCCACCGACAUAAAAUACAAAUCCCGCCAUCAUGAGCAACGAGACCAUUUCCGAUUUUCUUGCCGAGCAGCGCGAUGAAGCUCCCGAGGAGCUCCAACCUCUCAUUCUCGACUUUGAGAACUUCUGGGAGCGCAAGCUUUGGCACCAGCUCACUGACGCCCUCGUCGAGUUCUUCAGCCACCCCGAGAGCGCCCCUCAACGACUACCAUUCUACAGAGUCUUUAUUCUCAAGUUUGCCGACAAGAUCAACCAGUUGAAGCUUGUGGACCUAGCAUUGAAGGCAGCAACAGAGUGUGAAGAAGACGAGCAGCGCCUUUCUUUCCUGCAAUCAGUGGCCAAGAAGGUCGAUAACGAGAACUCUCAGGAUGCUUAUGUCUAUGCCUUGGUUGCUGUCGCCCAAGCAAAGCUGGACUUGGAGGAGCUAGAUGCUGCGCGAAAGGAUCUGGAUACAGCCGAGCGGAUAUUGGACUCUUUCGACUCUGUAGAGAAUGUGGUCCAUGCUGCUUUCUAUGAUGCAAAUGCCAUCUACUACCAGCGCAAGAUGGACUUCUCCAACUACUACCGUACUGCCCUCCUCUACCUUGCCUGCAUUGACCUCAAUGCAAUGACUCCUGAGGAGCGACACAAGAGAGCCUACCAUCUCAGCAUUGCUGCCCUUGUUUCAACAAGCAUCUACAACUUCGGAGAGCUCCUGCUCCACCCCAUCCUUGACGUCCUCGCCAAGAGCGAGCAUGCUUGGAUGCGUGAUCUGCUAUUUGCCUUUAACCGUGGAGACCUCGAUGCUUAUGACCAGCUGUCUGAUCGCGUCGAGUCCAACAAGCUUCUUAAGAACAACGCCACGCAUCUUCGACAAAAGAUCUACCUUUCCGCACUGACUGAGGCUGUCUUCCGCCGUCCUCCCCACGACCGUACCCUCACUUUUGCCACUAUCGCUCAGGAGACCAAGGUUCGACCCGAAGAGAUCGAGCAUCUCAUCAUGAAGGCCCUUAGCCUAGGUCUGUUGCGAGGAACUAUUGACCAAGUGGACGGCGUUGCUCAAAUCACCUGGGUUCAGCCCAAGGUGCUCGACAUGAAGCAAAUCGCCGCAAUGCGCCAGCGACUGCUUGACUGGGACUCGAGCGUCAACCAACUCGGUAACUGGAUUGAGUCGGCUGGCAAGGAUGUGUGGGCUGCGUAGAGGAGUUCUCGACAGGAGUACGGUCUAGGGAACGUACGGCAAUCAAAACGAACAAAUGUACAGUAUAGACGAAUAGAAACUUUACUGUGGGCAGAUGA